AUGUUUGAGGUGCAAUGCCUCAAACAAACAAAUAAUAGAAAAUACGAUUCAUCUCAAGAAUUAUUGCCCGAUUUAGUUUCACAAUCGUUAACAUCUUCUCAUUCGAUCAUUAGUGAUGUUAAUAGUACUAACAGUAAUCGUUCAACAUCAUCAUCAUUCUUAUUAUCGUCUGAUAAUGCCGAUACAAUAGACGUAAUGCGUAAAAUGACAUAUUCAUCAUCUUCUUUACGUUGUUAUCCCGAUUUAACUGUUGAAUGUGUUUAUGAUGAAGCUGCUCUAAUUGGAAAAGAUUUUGAACGAAUUAUUGAACUAUAUGGUACAGAUACAAUUAAAGAUCUUGUACCAAAAGUAAUUCGAAUAUUAGAACUAUUAGAAACACAAGCAGCUAAAAAUGAAAAAGAGACAGAUGAAUUAACAGAAUUAAAGAUAAGAAUUGAAAAAUUAGAACUUCAAAAAAAUGAAAUGAGAGAAUUAAGAGAAAAAUUUGAUCGAGAACUUGAACAAAUCGAAGAACAAUGGCGAAAAGAAGUUGAUAAUUUAAUGGCAUUAGUAUCAAAAUUACAAGAUGAAAAUAGACGUUUACUUGAUGAAGUUGAACAAGAUGGUUCUAAAAAAAGGAAUGAAGUUUCAAGUCCAAGUGAUGUUAUUGGUAUUACUCGGCAAGAAUUAGACUGUAUUAAGACUUUAACAGAAGAAAAUGUAAAAUUGAAACGUUGUCUAAAAACAAAAGAUAAAGAUCUUACACAGAAAACAUUUGAUAUUGAAGCCAUUCAAGCUCAAUUAGAACGUGUAUGUAAAAUUAAUUUUACACUUCGACAAAAGAAUACAUUUUCAACAAAUCAAACACAACGUCUAUUAAUAGAAAAAUCUGAUUUAGAAGUACAAUUAAAAGAAAAAGAUAGUUUUAUUAAUCAUAUGAAAGAUCGAGUAGUGAUUCAAGGAAGUGAUGAUUUAGCUAGUCCACUAUCUUCUAUAGAUCCAUUACUGGAAUUAACUGAUACAAAUCGUCCACGUUUUACACUUGAAGAAUUACGUCAAGUAUUAUGGGAAAAAAAUGAUUUGAAAACAAAAUUAAUGGAAGUUGAAGAAGAAUUACGCUUUUUUAAAGAACAAGAAGAUGAACUCGAUGGGGCUGUGCAAGGUCCAAUCAAUAAAGAGCCUGAAGAAAAAUUACCUGGCUAUAAACGUGAAGAAUCAAAAGUUCGUCAAUUUUUUCGUUUUGUAUUUGGCGAUUAUCCUUCUAGUAGUGUUAAUUUGGGAAUAACAACAACAUCAACUAGUCCCCGAAAAUCUCCAUUUAUUAUCGACGUUUUACGAUAG